AUGAUUUUGCUGCUACAGCCGGUGCUGUCGAUCGAUUGGAAUGGAAACUGGGCGAUGGGGUGUGACUUUGCCGGAAAUGACCUGCGCCAAGCACAGUUGCCCGGCGACCAGUGCGGUGAUCACUGCGCCGACAAUACCAACUGCACGCAUUUUGCCUGGUCGAACUGGAAUGGCGGAACGUGCACACUGAAAGGCGGCUCGGUUAGCAAACAGGAUGCCGUGGACAGCGGAGACUCCUCCACGGUGUGCGGCUCGAGCGGCGGCAUCCAGUGGCAAGGCAACUGGGCGAUGGGCUGCGACUUCCCGGGCAACGAUCUCGGUCAGGCGGCGAUGCCUGGCGAACGCUGCGGCGGACAUUGUGCCAGCAACCCGGCCUGCACGCACUUUGCAUGGUCCAACUGGAACGGCGGCGUCUGCACGCUCAAGGGCGGAUCCAUCAGCAAGGCAAACGCUAUCAAUAGCGGCGACACAUCCACAGUCUGUGGGGUUAUUCGCGAAAUUCCGGAGACUAGCGGUGGACAGCCGUCCGGCUCGUCACAAAGCGGGAAGACGACGCGGUACUGGGACGCGGUACUGACGACGCGGUACUGGGACUGCUGCAAACCGAGCUGCGCGUGGUCGGGAAAAGCCGACGUCAGUAACCCGGUUAAAACUUGCCGCAACGACGGAUUCAGUCAGCUGUGGGACUUCAACGUCCGCAGCGGCUGCGACGGGAGCGACGCCUUUGUCUGUAAUGACAACAUCCCGUGGGCGGUCAACGACAACCUAGCGUACGGAUUCGCCGCGGCCAAUAUCCGGGGAUCGGACGAGCGGGGUUGGUGCUGCGGGUGUUACAAACUGGAGUUCACGAGUGGUCCAGUCAGCGGGAAGUCAAUGAUUGUGCAGGUGGUCAACACUGGAGCUGAUCUGGGGGAGAACCACUUUGACCUACAGAUCCCCGGAAGUGGAUUCGGAAUCUUCGAUGGGUGCACACGGCAGUGGGGGCUUCCGGCUAGUAACUGGGGCAACCGUGACGGAGGGGUCUGGUUGCGGGACAUGUGCAAUGGACUUCCGGAUGCCAUUCGAGAGGGAUGCUAUUGGCGGUUCGUUUGGUUCAAGGGAGCGGACAAUCCCAGCAUUAAUUUUGCGCCGGUACAGUGCCCGGCGGAACUUUCGCAGAAGAGCAACUGUGCGCGUCGAUAA